AUGAAUACAUUCAAGAUAUCCAAUUUCGUUAUGGUGCUCAUAAUGAUCUCGCUAAGUGUUGAGGCUAAUUACCUCAAGUACGUCGCCCCUUCUUCCCGACAUGCUAUGGUUCCUCCGGGAGCAUAUUCUUCACCGGCAGUGGGACAGGAGACGGCCAUAAAUUACCGACUCGGAUAUGGACCAUAUGGUGGGGUGAUAGCCGCUACACGAGGAAAAAAAGGUGGGUUACGUAUAAAUGCAUUGACAUGUGACAAAAGUCCCAAAGUAUGUCGUCUCAAAGGCAGUUCAGGUCGUGAUUGUUGUCGUAAGAAGUGCGUGGAUUUGAGAACCAACAAAUUGAAUUGUGGAAGAUGUGGGAAAAGUUGUCAAUACUCGGAGGUUUGUUGCAACGGAUACUGUGUGAACCCGAUGUUUGAUAGGAGACAUUGUGGAGGUUGCUUUAAGAAGUGUAACAAAGGGAGAUCGUGUGCCUAUGGGAUGUGCAGCUAUGCUUAA